AACUCUGGACUCGAGGCUGGCAACGCCGUGCUAAAUACGACCAGACGCUGCUUUUUUCGUGCGGCUUCCGAAAAUAAUUGAAAAUUAGCACAAAGUAAACAGGCGGCUAACGUAAUUGCAGUUUGACCGCGUCGCAGAGGCAAGCGGGUAACGAAAUUUCACAUUUUGGCCACAGCAACUCCACAGAAAAGCCGCCAACAUGGCCGAGUACUUGGCAUCCAUUUUUGGCACGGAAAAGGACAAGGUGAACUGCUCGUUCUACUUCAAAAUCGGCGCCUGCCGCCACGGCGACCGUUGCUCGCGUAUCCACAACAAACCCACUUUCUCGCAGACGGUGCUGCUCCAGAAUCUGUACGUGAACCCGCAAAACUCGGCCAAAUCCGCGGAUGGCUCCCAUCUGGUGGCCAACGUCUCCGACGAGGAGAUGCAAGAGCACUACGACAACUUUUUCGAGGACGUGUUCGUAGAGUGCGAGGACAAGUACGGGGAAAUCGAGGAGAUGAACGUGUGCGACAACCUGGGCGACCAUCUGGUUGGCAACGUCUACAUCAAAUUCCGCAACGAGGCUGAUGCGGAAAAGGCGGCAAAUGAUUUGAACAACCGGUGGUUCGGUGGUCGACCGGUGUACUCGGAACUAUCGCCGGUCACCGAUUUCCGCGAGGCCUGCUGUCGGCAGUACGAGAUGGGCGAGUGUACUCGCUCCGGCUUCUGCAACUUCAUGCACUUAAAGCCUAUCUCGCGUGAGCUGCGAAGGUACCUCUACUCCCGCCGCCGUCGUGCCCGAUCCCGUUCCCGGUCGCCUGGACGCCGUCGCGGCUCCCGCAGCAGGUCGCGGUCCCCGGGUCGAAGAGGAGGCGGCAGAGGCGACGGUGUCGGCGGAGGAAACUACUUGAACAACGAGCGGGACAACAUGCGUGGCAAUGAUCGCGGCAACGAUCGCGAUCGCCGCAAAGGUGGCGGCGGCGGAGGAGGAGGAGGCGGCGGUGGAGGUGGACGGUAUUAAAUAUUCUGGACAUUUUUUCAGUACGGUGGCAAUUGAGAGAGAAAGCAACGGACAAGCAGUAACGCAAAGCAUCGUGUAUUUUAUUCUCUGCGUUGGUUUUCCACAUUUUUAUAUCACUUUGAAGUAGAUGAGAUGAGGAGGAGGAAGGAAAAUGAUGAUGGGGAGUUCCACCACCACCUAUGUACAAACCCCCCGCGAAAUACUUUACCGAGCGCCCAUUAGAAUUGUAAUUUACUAUACAUACAUUCGUAAUAAUAAAAUUGAGUAAUACUA